AUGGGUGAGCAGAAGAGGAAGUUUAAGUUGCCAGGGCAGUUCAGCAAUAACUCACGCCCUCGCUUCGCGCCCCCGCAAGGAAUACCUUUUCGCACUGGAGGACAGAGUGUCAACUACGGGCAGAAUCAAUACCAGCGCCCCAACCAACAGAACCAGCAGCAGCAAGCUCAGCGUGCUGGUCAGUCAGCGCAGUGUCCCAGCUUCUCGCAGAAUCGCCAGAACACCCCUACUAGAACACCUGUGAGGAACAAUAGCCCUGUUCCCACUGGUGGUAACACGUUCUUCAGAUGUGGCGAGACUAGUCACUACGUCAAUCGUUGCCCCAAGGGAAAUGCCCAGAACAUUGUAGGCCAGUUCAACAACAGUGGACAGAGGUAG